AUGUAGAUAAUUGUUUUGAAAUGGAAGAAACAUUAAGACAUUAUUACUGAAAUAUCCUAAAUAUUAUUAACAGUGCCUAUGGGAAUCAUUUUAUAAGAUGUUUGCAGUACAUUAAUUGUAACUUUAUAACUUAUACAUAUGAAACCAACUAAAUUUCUAUUAUUUAAACUCUCUUAUGUAAUUAUUUUAGGAAUCAUUAUGCAUGGACAAAUCUAGGAUAUUAUUCUGAUAUGUUUAUCUUUACUUACUUUUGCUAUUGAUACUAAAUUAGAUUAACCAUCAUUCUAAGAUUCAUCAAAUUAACUCUCAUCCAAAAAAUUACGAGAAGAGAAUGAACUCGAUAAAACAGAUAAAUCUGAUAAAAUACAUCUUUAAUCUAUUGCUUAUAGUGAUAAUUAAGCUGGACAUAGAACUAGUACUAAAUGUAAAUUCAUUUUAAAAUUUCAUUUAGAUUAAUUUCUAUAAAUCCUUGAUGAAUUUCCUGAUGGUGUUGCUUUAAUCAUUUUUGAUGAAAAUCGAUUACCAUAAGUUGAUUUCUGUAAUUAAACAAUAAUGAAUCUAUUACAUACAACAUAAUAAGAUUUAUUGAGUUCUUUGAUGUCUCUCAAAAAUCUACAUAUCAUGAAGAAAAACCAAUAAACUUAAGAUCUAGCCACCUCAAUCUCGACAUAUAGAAGUAUGUAUUCUCCAGAAAAGCACAAAAUUGGAAUUGUCAGAUCCAUGUAUAGAGCAUCAACUACUGUUUAGAAUCAUAAAAAUGAAAUGUUCAUUAAUACAAAAUUAAAAUUCUCUAAAAAUGUAAACUUUUCACUUAAGAUAGCCUUUCAAAAUGGCCUUAGAAUAAGCUAUUCUCUAAAUCCAUUCAUAAGAAGUGUAGUCACUAUUAACAAAAACUCAAAUUGGUUUUGAUUUACAUACCAUUUUAAAUGGAUAUACAACAUCUUAAUCAAAAAAAGAUAUUUGUAUUGAAAUCAAAUUGUUUAUCUCUUACCUUAAUGAUUAACCAUAAUUAUUAAUACUAACAAGGGAUGUUUCAUAUAAAGAUUAUAUUAAAUACAUCAAUUAACAUAGUAAAGCUAAAUCUAAUUCAUUAAAUUUUGUUUCACAUGAAAUUAGAACUCCAAUUAGAUGUAUUAUUUAGUUGUUAGAAGAAUUUGAAUAAAAAAAUGAUACUAUCAAAAAUGUUCUCUGGAAUUGUUAUUAUUUAUUAAAUUUCAGUCAUGAUUUACUUGAUCUAGCAUAAAUUAAAGUAGGUAAAUUUAAAUUAUAAAAAAUCAAAUUUGAUUUAGAAUAAUUGAUUUUAUAAUUAUUUGAUUUAUUUAGAGUAGAAGCAAAGAAAAAUUAAAUUUCAUUGAAAUUAGAAUACGAAGAAGAAACUCCUAAAUAAAUAUGUAAUGAUGAAAUUAGAAUAAAAUAGGUAUUGAUUAAUUUAAUUGGAAAUGCAUUUAAAUUCACAUUUGAAGGUAGUAUUACUGUAAUAGUUUCAAAUUAAAAAGAUGGAACUUUAAUAAUUAAAAUAAGUGAUACAGGUUUGGGAAUUAGGGAGGAAGAUAGAAAGAAAUUAAUGAAAGCAUUUGGUCGAUUAGAUGAUGAUGAAACUAAAUAAUUUAAUAGAUCUGGUGUUGGAUUAGGAUUAUUGAUUAGUAAUAUGAUUUGCAAAUCUUUAUCUAAAAAAGAGUCUGGCAUCAAAAUCGAAUCAGAACUCUAUAAAGGAAGUUCAUUUUCUUUUGAAAUAGAUUAUGAAACUGAAUUUGAUACUAUCAUUAUUGGUGGUAAUGAUAGUCCUAAUGAGGAAGAAGAUUAAGUUGGAGAUGAAGCCUAACCUAGAGUUCAACGUAUUUAUUCAAAUCAAGCUUUUCGAUAGAGAGAAAUAUUAAUUAUUGAUGAUAAUUAAUUUAACAUUGAUAUUUUGAUUAAACUAUUUAAUCGUAAAGGAAUUAAUCGAAUUGAUUAUGCAAUAAAUUGUUAACAUGCAUUAAAAAUUUUAGAUGAAAGAAUUCAAAAUCAUAUCUAUUAUCGAGUUAUUCUUUUGGAUAUUGAAAUGCCAAUAAUUGAUGGUUUCGGUACUGCUAAGAUGAUUAAACAAUAAGUUAAUGAUACAAUGAUUACUAUGCCUGUUCUUAUUGCAGUGAGUGGACAUGGUAUACAUAUGAAACAAUAAGCUUUAAAUAAUGGAUUUGUUGAUUAUUAUGAAAAACCAUUAAAAGUUUAAGACAUUGAGGAGAUCAUCACUCGUUAUCUACAAUGA